AUGUAUCCCAGUGCGGGUUUGGUGCGCUACAGCACGGUGGGCGGUCCAGCCCCGGUAUCAACCUGCUGGAUCCGCGCCGCUCGUCCGGCCCAUCCGGAGCGAGCGGUGCCCGAAGCGUCCCCUCCGGGGCUCGAGGAGUUCUUACAACGGCUGCACUUGGCGUCCUACACGGAGGCGGUGAAGGUGUGGUGUGAGGAGCAAGGUGCCUGUGAACUCUCCGAGUUGGUCGAGAAUGCCGAGGACUUGGCGAAGACCUUGAGAUUUCCGCCGAACAAAGCACAAGAGAUCAAGGUUAAGGGCCCUGCUUUCGUGAAAGCCAUCGAGAAGCCUAAAAUCUCGAAAGCCAUCAGUGCGCCACCAGCAGCGCUUGCGCCGCCUGCGCCGACGCGGGUGCUGGGGCAGCUGGGUGCUGAUGUGCUCCGGGCAGCUUUCAUGCCCAAAGCACUGGAGAUGAAGGAGGAAGAGAACGCUGCAAAGCCUGGCCUUGCUUCGACGGAUCGUACUGAGACAGAUCUCUGGGAUGAACGGGAAGCACGCUGUCAUCUCCAGGCCAUGCAGGAUCCCUGUCUUUUCUAUUCAGCUGAAGUGCCGGAUGAUUCCCUGAAGAAGUUCUCCGGCGAACGUUACUACUAUCGUGGCUAUGUGGAGCCGCACCUCUUGCGCCAGCGCAACCCCACUGAAGCGGAGCUGAAAGUGAAGGAGCGCGCCUCGGCAGAGGCCAAGGAGCAGCUGGACGCCGCCUGGGGCGACGUCGCCGAUUCGCCGCCGUCGAUGCCGCGGGCGCAGCAGCGAGCGCAGGCUGCACGCCAUGCAGCCUUCGAAGACAUUCGCCAGGAGUUCCUCUCGCAGUUCGAGGGAAAUCUGCAGCAAGAGCUGGGCAAAGGCUACAAGCUUACGCCAGCUGAUGUGCAUCCCAGGGUGAAGGAGAAAUUUGUCGAAGAAAGCAAGUCUCUGGGCACCGGAGCUUUGGACUACGGCUACCACGGCACGCGCCAGGCCAACAUCCCUUCGAUCUUGGGCACUGGUCUCAAGGUGCCAGGCAAUGAGAGUGGCGUGCGGGUGGCCAAUGGAAGCGCACAUGGUGUGGGGAUCUACACUGGGAUGCCUGGAAAUCUUUGGAUCUCCCAGAACUUCAGUGAUUCCAAGAACAUGCUCAUUUGCGGAGUCCUUGAUCCUGAUGCUCCGCCCCGUCCGAAGGUUGCCAUGCCCUCCCAGGCUGCAGUGACCACGACCACGCAGAGGCUGAAGGCAACACAUCGACCACACCGGCGGCCCGUGGUAGCCGCCGCAGCUGCGCCGCCCCCGGCACCGGUGUUCAGCUGUACGGAAUUUCGGACGAAUGAUGAGAUCAAAGUGGUGGGCGCCGCUCGAGUGAUCUUCAAAGAAGAACGGGUGGCACCUUUGUUUAUUGCUCAACCUGCAGCUUCAGACCGAAGCUUCACCUACCAGGAAGCCACUCCAGGUUCGGAGCCCCUUCGAGGUGGCAGUAAAGGGCAAGUCUACAUCCCCGAAAGCGGCGAAGUGGUUUGGGAUUGCUGGGAACCUACAGGAGGUGCCUAUGGUCGACGGCUGAAGCGUCGCGUGGUCCAGAAGGAGAGACAGCAAGAGCGUGCCUCCUUGAGACUUCUCAAGCGUACAGAGCAAGAAGCCUCCUAA